AUGCAAGACACAACCGAAAGCCUUUCACAAAUGCAAAAGAUAUUAGAUUUCAGGGACAAAAAAGUACUAGAGCAGGACCCGGAGAGUUUUACUUUUAAAAGAAUGAUGAUAGAGCGGCGAUUAAGAAAGGCGGCAGUAAGACAUCAGGAGAAUGAAAGAAAUUAUAGCAUUGGAAGAUUAGACAGGGUGGACACAGAAUAUCUGGAGACAAUGUGCAUGGACUAUAGUGUUCUUAAGAUGGCCGGAAUUGCGUUCCGAAGUGAAAAUGAUACAGCAUCGCACAGUAGUCAAACAAUCGAGAAGGAAGACGCACUAGCAUCGGAGGUCUAUGAGCAGCAGCACUUUACGAUGGAUGGACUAAUUUCUAAGGAGUUGAAUAAUGAUAAAGGUAGCCGCCAUAUUAAUCAUGUGCAUAAAGAUAGGAGAUUGAUUGAGAAUGCAGUACGGAAUACAGAAAUUGUAAAAUCACUUUUGGCUAACGACAGUGCAAAACAAGAGGAGCAAAAAAACUCCACACACAACAAUUCACCUGGUGAGCUUCUGAGCUGUACAUCGAAUACUCGCCUUGCUCAAAAUCAGAACGCAAGUGGUCUUGAAGGUUUGAAAACAGACCCACCGCAGAACCCUACUUCGAAAACAAUUUCACGCCCAAAGACGGAAGCAUAUUAUGAAACUGGUAAUAAGAAUCAACAGAACUUGAGUACAGGGAUGUUUUACGGGGCAAAUAAUUCACCUCUGGGUGCCGCCAACAACUACUCUAAUCUCAAAUUUGAGCAUUGUCAACCUUCAUCUUUUCCAUUCGAUAAUAGUUCAACUGCCCCAUCCCAAGAACUUGAAAGCUCUAUAAAAGGUUAUGUUUCUUCCCAAAACGUUGCAUAUAAUUUCCCACAGCAGUCAACGAUUGUUUCUCCACCACCAACAUCGCAACUUAGUAAUUCAAUUGAAAUAAAGAAAUCUAGAUCUGGAACAUUGCCACCUCGACAAGUCAGUAAGCCUAAACGCAAUGACGGUAGAUCAAAAGCACCUAAAGCAUUACGAAAAAUGGAAAAUGUGGCUAAGAAAUAUGAUUUAUAA